GUGGUGUCUCUAUCAGUGGCGCAGCAGUGUACAGUGGCCUUAGUGGAAGAGGUUUUUUCUGUUCGUUGACGUUGUUCUGUUCUGUUCAGUUUGGAAUCAGUCAAGUUUGGGGAGUCACUGCCGCUGCCGUCAACAUGUCGGUCCCAAGCUCACUCAUGAAACAGCCGCCCAUUCAGUCGACGGCUGGGGCCGUCCCGGUUCGCAAUGAGAAAGGUGAGAUUUCGAUGGAAAAAGUGAAGGUAAAACGUUAUGUGUCGGGAAAGAGGCCAGACUAUGCCCCUAUGGAGUCCUCAGAUGAGGAGGAUGAAGAGUUUCAGUUCAUUAAGAAAGCCAAAGAACAAGAAGCAGAACCUGAGGAACAGGAGGAGGAUUCAUCUAGCGACCCUCGGCUACGGCGUUUGCAGAACCGUAUUAGUGAAGAUGUGGAGGAGAGAUUGGCUCGACAUCGGAAAAUAGUGGAACCUGAAGUGGUUGGAGAAAGUGACUCCGAAGUGGAAGGAGAUGCUUGGCGCAUGGAACGAGAAGAUAGCAGUGAAGAAGAAGAGGAAGAGAUUGAUGAUGAGGAAAUAGAACGGCGCCGUGGCAUGAUGCGUCAACGAGCGCAGGAGAGAAAAAAUGAAGAGCUGGAAGUCAUGGAGGUGGAAGAUGAGGGACGUUCUGGGGAGGAGUCAGAAUCAGAGUCUGAGUAUGAAGAGUACACAGACAGUGAAGAUGAGAUGGAGCCUCGCCUUAAGCCAGUUUUCAUUCGGAAGAAGGACCGGGUAACGGUUCAGGAACGUGAGGCUGAAGCAUUGAAACAGAAGGAGCUGGAACAGGAGGCCAAACGCAUGGCUGAAGAGAGGCGCAAGUACACACUCAAGAUUGUAGAAGAAGAGACCAAGAAAGAGCUGGAGGAGAACAAGCGGUCCCUGGCUGCACUGGAUGCACUCAAUACUGACGAUGAAAAUGAUGAGGAGGAAUAUGAGGCAUGGAAAGUUCGGGAGCUAAAGAGAAUCAAGAGGGACAGAGAAGAUCGAGAAGCGCUUGAAAAGGAGAAAGCAGAAAUUGAACGCAUGCGAAACCUGACUGAGGAAGAGAGGCGAGCUGAGCUUCGGGCAAAUGGCAAAGUCAUUACCAACAAAGCUGUUAAGGGCAAAUAUAAGUUCUUACAGAAGUAUUAUCACCGGGGUGCCUUCUUCAUGGAUGAGGAUGAAGAAGUAUACAAGAGAGAUUUCAGCGCACCUACCCUGGAGGAUCAUUUCAACAAAACCAUUCUUCCCAAAGUCAUGCAGGUCAAGAACUUUGGACGCUCUGGUCGUACCAAGUACACCCACCUCGUGGAUCAAGACACCACCUCCUUUGACUCAGCAUGGGGCCAAGAGAGUGCCCAGAACACAAAGUUCUUUAAACAAAAGGCAGCUGGGGUACGAGAUGUAUUUGAGCGGCCAUCUGCCAAGAAGCGGAAAACUACUUAACUUAUUCUUCCAACUAUGGGACACAAGGGGAAAUCUCAGCAUCUGGUCCUUGAUUGUUUUUACUACUAUUUACAUGGCCCCUGUAUCCAGCCUGAGCCUACUGCCAUACUUGUGACACUGGGCAGACCUAGUCUUUGAGGUGCUUUGUGAGGUUUGGACUCAUGCUGAGAAACCUGCAGAAAAGCACUGUCCAGGUAGGAUUAGAGGCUCCCCACUUAGGACUAUUUCUGAGAAAUCUUCAACUUCAUUAUUGCUCUGGCUUCCCAUAUUCACUUGGGACUGUUCCAGGUUUCUUUUUCCAGCCCUUAGCUUGGGUUAGAAAAAUGGAUGGGCAUGUAAGCGGACAAUAUUACUUCUACCAUACAGGAAAUCUAAGCUCAUUGAAACCUGUUUUGCAUUUUUGGGGUAAAUUUUUCUAGAUGAACAUUACUUUUUGAUCCAUUUAUGUGUGUGUGUGUGUGUGUGUCAAGAAAUAAAAGAAUCAUACACCAAGAGGUCUUUUAGCAUACCAGAAAUAAAAUGUGCAGGCUGACAA